AUGUUAUAUUCGGUCUGCCAUGGAACUGAUGCUUGGCCUGUUAUCAAAGGAUACAAGACUACAGAAAAUGGAAGGCAAGCGUAUCUUGAUUUGGUUGCCCACUAUCAGGGUGAGGGCCAACUCAAUAAGAGGCGCGACUCUGCCUACCGUGUCUUGAAUACAACCCACUACAAUGGAAAGAAGAAUUUUAGUUUUGAAAAAUUUGCGGCACAGGUUCUUGGUGCCUUUGAAGAUUUGAAAAAUUGUGGCGAUGGCAUGUCGGAACAUGCCAAGGUAACCAAGUUCUUGAGCAUGAUCAAAGAAGGCCCGCAGGGCGCAGGCUUGGACGCCUGUAAGACACUUGUCCGAGGAAGUCAAGUAUGUAUGCAAAACCUGCGCACCGCUAUCAACACUUUGCAGACUGAAGAUAGGGCCCAGCAAACUCAUCGCUUAACUGCGAUCAGCGGCACAAGAGCCUUAGCUGCGGUCGAUGGUGGGGGACGAAACUCCAAUCCCGGACGUGGCCGUGGACGUGGCCGUGGACAUGAUCGUGAUAAUGGUGGUUGUGAUCGUGGUGGCCAUAAUUGUAAUCGUAAUCAACAUGGACGUGGCGGGGGUCGCGGACAAGGUGGUAGUCGAGACCACGAUGGUACUGUAUGGUCCGAUGAUGGCACGACCAUCCUCAACAACGGUGGAUACUCCCAAGACGCUUGGAGCCGUUUUUCUGAUCGUGAUCGCCGUGUUGUCCUUCAAGCCCGUGAACGUGCUAACAGUUGUCUUAUGAGUGAACGUGACAUUGCAGAAUUGAACUCUUUUCGUGAACAAAAUCGUGACCGCCAACAAAGUGAAGAACCCGCACCUUCACCAGCUCCAGCACCCUCUUCUGGCAACGUUGGUAGUGGAGUUCGACGUGGCCGUCGCUGA